GUGAGAGUGAAAAAGUAGUACCAGUAAGUUAGAGGGAUCACCUUGAGCGGGUGGUCGUGCAUCAGUCCUUGAGUUUGUUCGUCGUAGGAGUAAGGACCUUUCCACCUGACUUUAUUUCCACCAUGCCCCAGUCAAAGAGCCAAGACAUGGGCUCUGCCUUCAUUCAGACCCAGCAGCUCAAUGCUGCCAUGGCAGACACCUUUCUGGAGCACCUGUGCUUGCUGGACAUUGACUCUGAGCCCACCACUGCCCGCAAUACCGGCAUCAUUUGCACCAUCGGCCCUGCCUCCCGCUCUCUUGAAACGCUGAAGGAAAUGAUCAAGUCUGGCAUGAACAUUGCUCGUAUGAACUUCUCUCAUGGCUCUCAUGAGUACCAUGCUGAGACCAUCAAGAAUGUGCGUGAGGCUGCGGAGAGCUUUGAGCCUGGCAGUAUCCAGUACAGGCCUAUAGGCAUUGCCCUGGACACCAAGGGCCCAGAGAUCAGGACUGGACUCAUUAAGGGCAGUGGGACUGCUGAAGUUGAGCUGAAGAAGGGCAACCACAUCAAACUCACGCUGGAUGAUGCCUACUUGGAGAAGUGCGAUGAUAAAAUCCUGUGGCUGGACUACAAAAAUAUCACCAAGGUGGUGGAAGUUGGAAGCAACGUCUAUAUUGAUGAUGGCCUAAUCUCUCUUCAGGUUAAAGCGAUUGGGUCCAAUUACCUGGAUUGUGAAAUUGAGAAUGGUGGCAUGCUGGGCAGUAAGAAGGGUGUCAACCUGCCUGGUGCUGCUGUUGACCUGCCUGCUGUGUCUGAGAAGGACAUCAAGGACCUGCAGUUUGGUGUGGAGCAGGGAGUGGACAUGGUGUUUGCCUCUUUCAUUCGCAAAGCUGCAGACGUGCACGCCGUCCGUGAAGUAUUAGGCGAGAAGGGCAAGAACAUCAAGAUCAUUAGCAAGCUGGAAAACCAUGAGGGUGUGCGCAGGUUCGAUGAGAUUAUGGAGGCCAGUGAUGGUAUCAUGGUAGCCCGAGGAGACUUGGGUAUUGAAAUCCCUACUGAGAAAGUUUUCCUGGCCCAGAAAAUGAUGAUUGGUCGCUGUAAUAGAGCUGGCAAGCCCAUCAUCUGUGCUACGCAGAUGCUUGAGAGCAUGAUCAAGAAACCACGGCCCACUCGCGCUGAGGGGAGCGAUGUGGCUAAUGCCGUGCUGGAUGGUGCUGAUUGUAUCAUGCUGAGUGGAGAGACUGCCAAGGGCGACUAUCCCCUGGAAGCUGUACGCACCCAGCACAAGAUUGCACGCGAGGCGGAGGCUGCCAUGUUCCACAGACAGCUGUUUGAGGAGCUGCAGCGCUUGUCCCACCUCACCCGUGACCCCACCGAGGCUACUGCUGUGGGUGCUGUGGAGGCUUCUUUCAAGUGCUGUGCCAGUGCCUUCAUUGUGCUCACCAAGAGCGGCAGAUCUGCCCACCUAAUCUCCAGGUACAGGCCCCGAGCUCCCAUUAUUGCUGUGACCCGUAAUGGGCAGACUGCCCGACAGGCCCACCUGUACCGUGGCAUCUUCCCUGUGCUCUACAGCAAGCCUGCCCACGAAGUGUGGGCAGAGGAUGUAGAUCUGCGUGUCAGCUUUGCCAUGGACAUGGGUAAAGCCAGGGGUUUCUUCAAGACGGGUGAUGUAGUCAUCGUCCUGACUGGCUGGCGCCCGGGUUCUGGCUACACCAACACCAUGCGUGUUGUCCUUGUGCCCUAAAAUACCUGAGGACACCCCCCCCACCCCUGCUAUCACCUGUGCCCUUUCCCUUAGUUGUUGUCCAUACCACCAUUGUGGCUGAUGUUCACCUCAACUAUUUAGGCAAUUAAAAGAGGAAAAAAAAAAAGCAAAACUUAGUGCUCUGGCCUCUUCAAAAUGGUUUCAGUGGUGGUUUUACACACUGCAUACCAGCUCACACUCCACUGUUCUCACAUAGGUGUGUUCUCCAGCUGUGCCAGUCUACAGGGCACUUGUACAUGUUUCCAGAUGUCAGUUGAGGAAAGCCCUCUUCUGCUGAAUGGACACCAGGCCUUGCUGCCUGGAUAAUGGCCUGUUGCUCUGUGUGAAGAAGUUAACAGGGAUUUUAAGAGGGAACCUUUAUACACCCAAGCAAACUGCUCCCUUUCACCCGCUGUCUUCCCUUCUGAUGGAGCGUUACAGGGCUUUGCCUCUGAACUAACUUGUAGUCCUGAGCAGUAUGCUUUCCUUGAUGUAUCAUACAGAGGUUUUGUACUCACAUAUAGGUUACAUUUUUUGGCAAGUUGCAAUGCAGAGGAGCUGGUGUUACUUAUAUUUAUGUGGGUUUCCUCCAUUGAGUAUUCAGGUAUUUUGGGUUCUACAGCUAAAGCCCUUUUUGUAUGAGUUUUUAUUGGAGUUGCUGCUACUGCUUAGCCAGUUUGUCUUAAAUGAUGGGACAGACUGCUUUGUGGAGUGCAACACCUGAAAUAAAGUGAGAUCAGCACCACGCAUUUCACACAGAUGGGUUUUAAACAGGUCUGCUGCACAUAAAAACCCACUUCCUCCUGUAUCUGCCUUUUUUCAGAGCCUGCUUUUGUUCCUGUCUGCCAGCUAGAUUAGUAUCUGCCUGUCCUGUCUUGCUACUUGCCACUUUGUGGUAGGUGUCUAAGUCACUGCUAAGGGUGAUGGUGUAAGUCCCAUGUAUGGAGUUAUCCUGUUUGACUGGAGUUCUAUGAAUUAAAGAGAUCAGCACCUGA